AUGGCGAAAAUCCCCACAAUCACCCAAUGCGACCACAAGGGCCGCGAGGACCAAACCGUGGUGGCUGAUCUUGACGGCACACUCCUCAUCGGCCGCAGCUCAUUCGGAUACUUUGCCCUCGUCGCCUUCGACUUGGGCGGCAUUUUACGUCUCCUUUUCCUCUUACUCCUCUCACCCCUCGCGGGCUUCCUCUACCACUUUGUGUCGGAGGCCGCUGGUAUCCGUGUCCUCAUCUUUGCGGCCUUCGCUGGCGCCAAGUUGUCCGGCAUCAAGUCGGCAGCCAGCGCCGUGCUGCCCAAGUUCUACUCGGAGGACUUGCACCCGGACACGUGGCGCGUGUUCUCGUCCUGCGGGAAGAGGUGUGUUGUUACGGCCAAUCCAAGGAUAAUGGUGGAGCCCUUCCUCAAGAACUAUCUCGGUGUUGAUGUGGUGCUGGGCACGGAGGUGUCGUCGUGGAGGGGUUACGCGACGGGGCUUACGGCCCGUCUUAGGCGGGACCGGGCCCAGGACGCCCGACUCAUUGAGACCAUCCUCCAAGAGGGGCGGUACCUGGUGAUGUGCCCGGAGGGGACCACAUGCCGCGAGCCGUACCUCCUCCGGUUCUCGUCCCUCUUUGCAGAGCUCACUGACGAGAUCGUGCCCGUGGCAAUCAGGGUGAGGACGAGCCUUUUCCACGGGACCACGGCCCGAGGGUACAAGUGGCUCGACCCAUUCUUCUUCUUCAUGAACCCGGUGCCCAGGUAUGAGGUGACCUUCUUAGAGAAGCUGCCCAGGGAGGAGACGUGCGUGGCAGGGAAGUCGAGCUACGAGGUGGCCAACAAUGUCCAGCACAAGAUUGCCAAGACUUUGAACUACAAAUGCACCAAACUUACAAGGAAGGAUAAGUAUAGGGCACUGGCGGGGACUGACGGGAUCGUGGGACAGACGCCGGCUAAACCGACAGCAAAGGUUGCAGGGUGA